AUGACCGCGACCCCUCGUCCGGGGACACACGCCGCCGCCGCCAACGCCGGUGCCCGGCCCCGCGCGCCCCCGCGCCCGCCGGCCGCGCCCGCCGAGAAAGACAGGACGGACUCCCAUGUGAGAAUGGCUGUGACUUUGGAACAAGCCCCGUGGCUGGGCUGGAUCCUGGUGAAAGCCCUGAUGAGGUUUGCCUUCAUGGUUGCUAACAACCUGGUUGCAAUUUCAUCCUACGUCUUCUAUGUGAUCGUGCUCCAGCCCCUCCGCGUGCUGGACAGGAAGAGCUUCUGGUACAUCGAAGGGAUCAUGUACAAAUGGCUCCUGGGCAUGGUGGCUUCCUGGGGAUGGUAUGCCGGGUAUACAGUGAUGGAAUGGGGGGACGAUGUUAAAGCAGUUAUGGACGAUGAAGCAGUAAUGCUGGUGAAUCAUCAGGCAACAGGAGACGUGUGCACUCUGAUGAUGUGCCUCCAGGACAAAGGGCUGGUUGUUGCUCAAAUGAUGUGGUUGAUGGAUCAUAUUUUUAAGUAUACAAACUUCGGAAUUGUUUCUCUAAUUCAUGGAGACUUCUUUAUAAGACAGGGAAAAUCUCAUCGUGACAAACAGCUUCUUCUUCUCAGGAAGCACCUAGAAAAUAAUUACAGGAACAGAGAUCGAAAAUGGAUUGUUUUAUUUCCAGAAGGGGGCUUCCUCAGGAAGAGGCGGGAAACAAGUCAGGCAUUUGCCAAGAAAAAAAACUUGCCAUUUCUUACACAUGUCACUCUGCCAAGGAUUGGAGCAACACAAAUUAUUUUGAAUGUACUUGUGGCACGACAGCAAAAUGGAAGUCCAGCAGGUGGAGAUGUUAAAGAAUUAGAUAGCAAAUCAAAAGGUCUCCAGUGGAUAAUAGAUACAACUAUAGCUUAUCCCAAGGCUCAACCCAUAGAUAUUCAAACCUGGAUCCUUGGAUACAGGAAACCGACUGUCACACAUGUACAUUACAGGAUCUUUCCAAUUAAGGAUGUACCCCUGGAAACUGAAGAACUUUCUGAUUGGCUCUAUCAGCGUUUUAUUGAAAAAGAGGACCUCUUAACGCAUUUUUAUGAAACAGGGGCUUUCCCGCCCUCCCAAGGCCACAGGGAAGCUGUUUCCAGGGAGAUGACCCUCAGCAACAAGUGGAUCUUCCUCAUCCAGUCUUUUGCAUUUUUGUCAGGCUACAUGUGGUACAACAUCUUUCAGUAUUUUUACCAUUGCCUGUUUUAG